AUGCGGUCUCCUGUAUGGCGCCUUCUUUCUCUUUUUUUUCUCGCUGUAUUUCCAACUUAUUCUUUUGCCCUCGACUGUAGGGCAGUUUUGAAUGAAACCUCAAUCUACAAUAACUAUAUAAAGGUAAAUUUUUGGACAUUAGGUCAGUAAGAAGAGCUUCGAAAUGAAAAAAACCGUCUCCGUAACUUUAAAACUUUUUGAUUUAUUUUUCUCAAAUUUUUUUCAAGAGUAAUAUAGCAAUCUUUGUUAGCCAAUAAUCCACAUAUUUUUUUCAGAUCCAGAUGAAGUUAAAUAAAAAGAAACAUCGAAAAUCAGGAAAUUAAAAAAAUAAGUUAGAAAGGUCCAUUCACCUUUACUUUUACUUCUUUUUGAAAGAACCUCACAUUUCUUAAUCAGUGUUUCGAAAUCACUGUUCCUCACAAAACUUUUUCUUCAGCUCCAAAUAUAUUUUUAAGAAAAAUCUUCACAGAAUGGUAGUCUUAUCUCAAACUUUACUUGUUACUGACCAUAUCUCUAAAAUUUAUGCCUUGAAACUUGAUAAUAAAUUUACAGAGCCCGCAUAACGUCAUUCUGCCUUCAAACGAACAGUUUGUGGAGUGCGCCCUGACGAAAGUCAAUGGAACAUUCAAAUCGGCGGUCGUACAUCUUGUGCACUUGGCUUUGAACCGAUUAAACAGUGAAAUUUGCUCGUCGGAUUCGAUAGGAAGAAGAAUGACUUCAACGGUUUCUUCUACGUCAACCACUCCCACCACGCCAGCCACAAAGUCCACGUCUUCUACAACCACGCCGACCACGACGACUUCAACGACGUCAACGACAACGUCUCCAGCCGUAACGUCUACGCCUUCUACAACCACGUUGACCUCGACGACUCCAGCCACAACGUCUACGUCAACCACGACUUCUACCACGUCAACGACGUCUUCAACCACGACAACUACGACGCCCACUACAACCACAACCACUACAAGGCCUCUUGUCUGUAG